UAAUCUGCGAGUGCAGCUGUUGUUGCGCAUUCAGCGGAGAGCGCGCGCCUUGGGUUGGUUGAUGUCGAGCCUCGCGCUGCUUGCCGCGCACUGACCCAGACCGGAGAGCUCGAGAGAGUGCGCUUUUUGCUGGUUGCAAACGGAAUGUUGUCGCUGUCUCAAAACGUUGGUUUCUAUACGACAGUGCGACACUUUCCGUCCUUUGCCGGAGAGGACACCGUUCCACUACCAUGAGUUGUCUGGAUGUUAUGUACCCAGCUUAUGGACAUUACGCACCGUAUGCGCCAGCCGCUCCCGCAUUCAUCAACAGUUUACAGGCACCAAUCGGUCUGAGAAGUCCCUCUCAUCAGAGCCGGGAUCUCAUGGACAGCAUGGGGACCCUGCGUGGCCCUCCGGACGGGGUGUCGGGCCCCAGCACAGGUGCUAGAUCUUCCUCCUCAUCCUCCUCAUCCUCCUAUCCGGUGGGGCGAGCAGAGGACGGCGGGCCCAAAGGCAAACAGGAGACGCCCGACGCAGAGUACCUUACGUCACGCUGUGUCCUCUUCACCUAUUACCAUGGUGACAUCAGCAGCGUGGUAGAUGAACACUUCUCCAGAGCUCUCAGCUCAUACAUGGAGGGGGAGGGCAAGAGGAGGGCAGCGGAACUGGCCACAGUUGGACAUCUUCAUUCAGCGGGCAGACAGUCUUCCUGCCUCACAACAGAUACUAUGUUUAUACUCGGUCACACCCCGUCUCCCAGCAGCCGACGCUGUUUCCCCCCAUCAUUCUGGGACAGUAACUACCCCACGCCUCAAAGCCGGCCCCACUGUGACCAGGGGGCCCCCCACUAUUCCAUGGACCCAUACGCCUCUGGGAUCCACCCAGGCCUCCCGCAUCCGCACCCCCACCCUCAUGCCCACCCCCAUGCCCACCCUCACCCUUCAGAGGGCUGGGCCUACGCCCAGAGCCAGGCCUAUGGGCCCCCCCGACCCCUCCAUGAACUGUACUCCCCAUCGGGGCUGGAGCCUCACUACGGCUCCCUGCUCAUGCCCACCGUCAGGCCCCCACACCUGGGCACCCUGCCGGGGCACUAUGAGGUCAGCAAGCUAGAGCCCACCUCUGCCUGGCCUGGCCUGCUGGGACAUGCGGAUGCGAGCCAGACUCUGGCCCUCAACAUGGAUGCAGGCCUUCAGCACCAUAAGAAAGGCAAGGAUCUGUACUGGUUUUAACAAGCGACUCCACACAGCCAUCUCCAUCCAGCCAUCAUUACCACAGCCAAUUAGACUUGCUUCUGGACAGGUCCUAUUGAACAGCCUCUUGUCCUUUAUCCCUCACUCCUCCCCCACUCCUCCCUCCAUCCGCCUCCCCCACCUCCCUCACCUCCUCCUCCAUCCUCGGUCCAUGAUGCCAGGACUCCCUCUCUCCAGGCUUGAGUGUGUGCACCAUGGAGAUAAAGGCCUUCUGGUGAGGAUAGAGAGAGGGAUAGAUGGAGGAAGAGAGAGAUAGAGAGAGCAUCGGAGACCCGAUUAUGGUAUGUGUUUGUUUGACUCCUCUUCUUCCUCUCUCGCCUCCUGAUCAUCCCUCGCUUCUAUCUGUCGGUUCACUGGUGCAGCAUGGGGGAUUCUGGCAUCACGUCAGCCACACUGACCUGUUUGGACAAAAGCAGACAGACUAAGGGAGGAUGGGAGGAUGAAAAAAAGAUGGCAUAGGGACAGAACAACUUACCAUCAAUUUGUUACUGGAUUAGUUGAUUUCUCUCUCUUUCUCUCCCUCCUCUCUUUCACCAUCUCCCUAUCUCUGUCUGUCUCUGCCUCUUUCUCCUUUGGGACUGUGGCAUCCACUUCAACUUAUCGGCAUUUCAGGGAUGUCCCUCUGGCUGUGUCCAAGACUGGGUUGUGAUUGUAAUCUUUAUGCUGUUUCAGUUAUUUCUUUUCCUGAGAAGUAUUAUUUAUUGGUGUUUAUUGUUUGUUUCUAAAACUAUAUUUUGAUUUGGCCAGUGAUCUGAAAAUACUGUGGUUAAGCCAGUUUUCUUUCUUGUGACAAUUGAAGGAGAAGAUUGUCAAUGUGUUGAGCAGAAUUAACUGAAGUAUGUAUUUAAACAUAUAUCUCACUUUGAGAUUUGUUUCAAAAUGUGAUUUCAAAUGUAAACAUAUCAAGCUUUACCACAGCUCACCUGCUCAGAAUCCCAGAGACUGGAGAUACUCACAGUAACUGUUAUCAUUCAACAUGUUCUGUAAAUGUUUUAUUUUUGUUUCUUUUGUUUUUACACAUGAUUUUGAAUGUUUUGAAUUUGGACCGUAGUCUUGUUCUGAUAUGUUAUUAAUGGUGUCCUUUCUCUGGCCUUUGUUAAAAAAGAAUAUGAUUGUCAAUAAAUAUUUUUAUGAUAA